UCCUCCUUAUUCAUCAUUUGGCGAGGAGAGACAACAGCGUUCUGCCGGAGUGGACAUUGGCCGGAUGGUUAAAUCCAACCUACAGACGAUAUUGAAUAGCCAUUGUUUUGUUAGAGAAAAAGAGAGAAACUUAUCCAAGAUGCCAGUUAUUGAACAAACCAGUAAUAAACCAGAAAGUGAAAGUAUCUCCAGUCCUAGGAGGUGCUCCCGCUGUUGCAGUAACCCGUGUCCGGGGCCUCUGUGGUGCUCCGAUGCCCCUCUCCCACCCCUGAAGAUCCCAGGUGGGCGAGGGAAUGACCAGCGGGAUCGCAGUCUUUCAGCUAAGCUAUUCUACUCUGAUGCUCAGUUGCUGGUUCUUGAGGAGUCUCCCCCUGCCAACGGCAGAGUGCGCUUCCUGCUCUUUGAGCCCAGGCGCUCUGAGGGCAAACAGUGUGUCUGGAGGGCAGCACUGAAAGGGGGUAACCUUUAUGUUGAAAUUCCUCCUGGAGCUCUGCCUGAGGGCAGCAAAGACAGUUUUGCGCUCUUGCUGGAGUUUGCAGAGGAACAGCUGCAGGUUGAUCAUGUGUUCAUCUGCUUCCACAAGAAUCGUGAUGACAGAGCAUCCCUACUGCGUACGUUCAGUUUCCUGGGCUUUGAGAUUGUGAGACCGGGUCAUCCCCUCGUCCCUACCCGCCCUGAAGCUUUCUUCAUGGCUUACAGCAUCGAGCGAGACUCCUCUGAUGAUGAUUAAAUUACGCUGAUCAACUACAAAAGUUGUUUGUUUUUCUUGUGCCCAUCCCAUACCUACUCAUUUUACAAUUUUUUGGAAACAAAUAUAUGGUUGAGGUUUCCUGUGAAAGAGUUUUUCGUUUUCUCUGUUUUGAUUUCACCUACGUUCUGUGUUGCAAUGAUAUUUGCACUCGUGUAAGAUGUUAUAAACCAGGAAUGUUAAGAAAAGACCCAUACAAAAUCUGGGUAGUGCAUCCUCACCAUUGUACUUCUUUCCAUGAUGUGUAGUGCUGAUUUUCCUAUUCACCCUCCCUGUAAACCUCAAUGAUCAUCUCUACGAAUAUUUAUGGUUAAAAAUUUGCAUUCAUUUUAUUCAUGUAAGAUGCAUUUCCGUGGUCAUUCUCAGUUGAUUCUCAUGUUUAUAUUGAUUUCUUUUUUUUAAUGUGUGCAUGAAUUUUAAUUUGUUGCUUUUACUCACUUGACAGAAAUCUGCAUGUUGUAACUACUAAAUAAAAGUGCUCACCUCGGA